AUGUCUGACAUACAAGAGAAGGAAGCACCCGACUCGACUUUCACAUCGUCUGGUGCUACAGCAGCAGGUGCUCCUGCUGUCGAUAAUUUCUUCGACUACACCAUUUUAAACCGCUUCAGCUCGCUAAACACAAACUCGCCAGCCUUUACAACGACUGACGACAGUCGCCUAAUCCGACAAAGCGAUCUUAUAGGCGCCGGCUACGGGCAGUCGCAAACAGAAAGAGCAGGUGGCACUACACAGCAUGCACAGACAGGGGAGCAACUGCUAUUCGACUACUUUAAGCAUAGGACGGUCCCUCCCAUUCUCGCACCCGUCGAGACGCAGCAACACCGGCGAGUCGACUAUAGUGCGCUCAGCCCUCUUAAGCUUCGCCGCUUUGCUGUUACGCCGUCUUUAACAUACGCACUCGAACACCGAGAGUUAGCGGCACCACCAGGAAUCGGCCUACAACUUUUCGAGCUAUGCCGGACUAGACGGCUCUACACGACUAAAGCGCGAGCACCUCCUGGCGACUUGCUUCUCCUGAGCUACGUUGACAUCAUAGAAGGACGCACCGAAGCAGCUUACGGUAGCCUGAAAGAGGCCUACACCGUCUUCGAUAAGGCCGACAAGACAAGCUUCGGGGCUCUAGAGAUUCGCGUCCUCUCGUAGAUCAGGCUGUUAGAUGGGAGAGCCGUGUCUGCUAGAGGUAAGGGCUUGUUCUUGUCGGACGACAAGGCGUUAGAGAUGCUUGCGCAACCUUCGCC